AUGCCCCCGCCACGCCCCCCGCCGCGCCCCUGCAGCGCCGUCAUGGCUGUGAGGGUGUUCCAGGGCGCCAGCGUCACCGUGGCGGGGAUAACGAUCAGGAACAGCCCCAGGUUCCACCUCACCUUCGACACCUGCCGUGCCGUCGAGGUGCACGACGUCACCGUGUCGUCGCCCGGCGACAGCCCCAACACCGACGGCAUCCACCUCGCCGGCUCCAUCGGCGUCUCCAUCCACCACUCCACCAUCGCCUGCAGUGACGACUGCAUCUCCAUACAGGACGGCUGCUCCGACGUGUUCAUCCGCAGCGUGCACUGCGGGCCGGGCCACGGCAUCAGCAUUGGCGGGCUCGGGAAGGGCGGCGCAUCGGCGGCCGUCUCCGACAUCACCGUGCAGGACGUCACGCUCAAGCAGACGAUGACCGGCGUCCGGAUCAAGACCUGGCAGAGAGUUAAAGCUUAA